AUGGCAGUAGAAAAUAGAAUAGUCAAAUCAGUUGGCCGCUGUCCAACGUACGGCCAGCAGAAUAUUUGUCCAGCUCGGUCAGUAACCUGUAACUUGGAUAACAUGUGUCAGGCACCUCUCGAACGUUGCUGCACAACGGCCUGCGGUAUGCGCUGCGUAACUGGAGAAUUAACAGAUUGUGAACAACUGGACUUGGCCGCUUUGCGACACUCUAGAGCUAAUGGCCUGUCCCAAUUUGCGCCGCGUUGUAACAACAUUACCGGAGAGUUUGAUCGGGUUCAGUGCGGUCCAAUUGCGGAUCCUGUUUGUUGGUGUGUCGAGGAGUUUGGUGGCGAGAUUGCUGGAACGAGAGCCAGCGAGAGACGUUUUGUUGAUUGUGAUCAUCCAAGGAUCUGCCCAGCACAUAUUUGUCGGAUGCUCUGUCCUUUCGGCUUUGAGCAUUGUCUUAAGAAGCCGAGUGCGCACGUACGCCUAUUGCUUGUUGUUACACGUGCGGGGUUUUGGAUUGCAGUGAAAUUUAGGAAAUAUGGAGAGUAUGAGUCCCGACAGUGUUCUAGGAAUGGUCUUGUUUGCUGGUGUGUUGAUCUGUUAGGCAAGAAAUUGAACAAUUCUAUGGGUCCAGCAAAUAAAGUGGACUGCAAGCCACUAACGGUAAUCAAGGCAAGGUCCCUGUCUGCAAUAAAUUCGUCCUGCAAGUUCCAACAAUGUGCUCAAGUUUGUCAGUAUGGCUUCAAAGUUGAGGCUUCUGGUUGCUCGACUUGUGAAUGCGAUGAUCCCUGCCAAGGAUACUCUUGCCCAGCAGAUGAAGAGUGUGUACUGCGCUUGGAGAACAAUUGCUCGGACUUCCUCUGUCCAAUGAAACCUGAAUGUCGCUCGAAACAAAUACUUAAAAAUCCUUGUAUUAUCGGCUCACCGUUAAAUGAUUCGGAGGGUAAUGUUGUGAUCUGCUCGAACAAUAUGACCUGCCCACAAAAUCACACAUGCACGAGUGCAGUUAAGGCCAAUAAAUCUAUUUGUUGUUCUAUCAUAACGCCUUUCUCGAAACCGUUCACUAGUGAGUUGUGUGAAUACCUUCGAGACUUUCGUGAGAGAAUGGAGGGUACUCGAAAAGGUAUGAACCUGGCAAUUCCUGCACCUCAAUGCGAUGAUAAUGGCGGUUUUCGGGCACUUCAAUGUCACGACAAUAACUGUACUUGUGUAGAUGAGUACGGUGUUCCUCUCAAAUUUGACGUUCACUCCAAAGGCAAAAUUCAUUGCACUACAGUACGCAACCUCCUCAACCAUUGUGAGCUCUUCAAGUGUAAUCUCACUUGCCAUUACGGAUAUCAACUAGAUGCGAUAGGCUGCCGUGAGUGCCGAUGUCAAGACCCUUGCCAGAAUGUGAUAUGCAACCUUGGAGAAGUCUGCAAUCUUGUCAAUGUAAACUGUGGUCUAGAGCAGUAUUGUCCUUCAGUACCAGCUUGCCUGGCCAUUAGGCCCGGUCAAUGUCCUUACCUCAUACCUAGUUCCUCCAGUUGCGAAGUUCUUUGCAAUAAUGAUCAGGAAGGCCCCACUGGCGACAAGUGCUGCUCCACAGGCUGCGGAACACAAUGUAUUUCCCCAGUAAUGGCAACUGCCUGUCAACACGCAAAGGCAGCUGCAGAACAUAGGGCCCGAGAAUCUGGGGAGCCGGCGAGACGCAGCUAUAUUCCACGUUGUAACACUGCGGGUCAGUUCGAACCAGUCCAGUGUCAAGAGCUCGUGUGCUGGUGUGUGGAUAAGGAGGGCAGGGAGGUCGCAGGUACAAGACGGCCUCAUGGUCAGGCUCCAGAAUGCGGGGCGCCUCAGCGAUGCCCCUAUGUUGACUGUCACUUAGAAUGUCCAGAUGGGCUUGAGCUUGAUCUGGAUGCAGGAUGUCCGACUUGUGCCUGUCGUAAUCCUUGUAAGGCAAUCACCUGUCGUGGCGAAAAUGAAGCUUGCAGGAUGGUUGAAGUUGCAUGCAGUGUGCCACCUUGCCCACCGGUGCCAAUGUGCUUACCUAAGAAGGACAAUCCCUGUCCUCACGGCUCGCCACUUAUCUUGGAAGACGGUCCAGCGACUUGUGGUCCUCAUGGUCAGAAUUGCCCGUCGACUCAUAAGUGCGAGCUCUCGCCCUUGGACGAAUAUGCUGUUUGUUGUCCAAAACCCCGAGAAGUCUGCUUCGAGGUGCCGCAUAAAGUUGCUUGUUCUCUUAAUAGCACUAGCGAUAGAUGGUAUUUUGAUACAGAAUUGAACGGUUGUAAAAAGAAAGAAGACUGCUGGAUUGGAUACAACGACUUCUCUAGCAAAUACGUUUGUGAUACUGUUUGCCGUGUAUUAUCACAAUGCGAGAAGCUGAGGGAACGGAAUCUCAAGUCCACCGAGAAGUACAAGCAACCCUCAUUUUUACCUAGAUGUCAUCCAAACACGGGUGCAUGGGAGCCAGUCCAAUGUCACGAAUAUUUAAAGAUAUGCUGGUGCGUAAAUAAGAAAGGUGAGCCAAUUAAAGGCUCGUUUACAUGUCACAACGAGCCCAAGUGUAAUUUUCGGCAGGCGCGUCGAGGUAGAGACGAGAUGGUUUCGGCUACAGAGAUUGAUACUCGAAUAAAAGCUUAUAUGAGUGGUGCUUACACUGGACUUUCAACCGAUGGAAAAUCGCUAAAUAAUGUAUUUGGUAGCAGAUGCCAAAGUAUGACAAAACGUAGCUUUGUACCCGCAAUAUGUGAUAAGUACGGACAUUUUGAGCCGACGCAAUGUGCAGCUGAGACCUGUUGGUGUGUGGACGAAGCUGGCAAUCAACUCGUUGGUUCCGAGCUUUUUCUCAAAGGGACCAAUAUUUGCCGUGAGUACUGUUACAAGAUCAUAAUCCAUUAUUUCGUGUUAUAGUUAUCGUUUUUAUUUAUCUUUCUCGGAU